UUUCCGGUCUGGCCUAAAGUUCCCGGCAGCCCCUGCGGUGGAAGGUCCGAAAAUGAGCACCAUGUUUGCCGACACCGUUCUGAUCGUUUUCAUUUCGGUCUGCACGGCGCUGUUGGCCGAGGGUAUAACGUGGGUCCUGGUUUACAGAACUGACAAAUACAAGAGGCUGAAAGCAGAAGUGGAGAAACAGAGUAAAAAAUUGGAGAAAAAGAAGGAAACAAUUACAGAAUCAGCUGGCCGACAGCAGAAAAAGAAAAUAGAGAGGCAAGAGGAAAAACUAAAAAACAACAACAGAGACCUGUCAAUGGUCCGUAUGAAAUCCAUGUUUGCAAUUGGUUUUUGUUUCACUGCUCUGAUGGGAAUGUUCAAUUCCAUAUUUGAUGGCCGAGUGGUUGCAAAACUCCCCUUUGUACCACUUUCCUACAUCCAAGGCUUGUCCCAUCGUAAUCUUCUAGGUGAAGAUUACACAGAUUGUUCCUUCAUCUUCCUCUACAUUCUCUGCACCAUGUCUAUUCGGCAGAAUAUCCAGAAGCUGUUGGGUCUGGCUCCUUCACGAGCUGCCACCAAGCAGGCUGGAGGAUUCCUUGGCCCACCACCUCAAGCAGGGAAGUUCUCCUGAAAUAAGAGGAGUCAGUUGUCAUGUCUCAGCAGUGGAAGCGUGAAGAAACUCUGACUCAGCAGAAGGCUUUUGAAAUGUACCUGGAUGACUAUGGUCAACUAUGGCGUCUGUGUUUUAUAAACUGGUCAGCACCAAAGCACAUUUUAGGCUGGAUCCUACUGAGGGGAAAUACAACAACGAUACAUGUGAUGCCUUGCUUUACUAAAAAAACUAUUUCAUUUUGUUUGAAAAGAAUUAAUGAGCAGUGACUGAGCUAAAUAAACAACAGUGACAUUCUGUUAAAAGAAUCUCUUACAGUAACCUUUUCUGAAGUAAAAAUAAAAGGAAUCGUGCUUCCUUCUUUGCUUAUU